UUUGUGCCAAGAAAUCCGAGUUCUGAGCCCAAAAAAACACCAGGGAUCCCAAAAAACCUGAAAAUCCUGCUGAAAAAAACCUGAAAAUCCCGCUGGAAAACUUCCCUGGAAUCCUGAAAAUCUGAAAAUCCCCCAGAAUGGGAGAUGCAUACCUGGCUCUGCUGCAGGAAAUCCGGGUUCUGAGCACGGAAAUCCUGCUGGGAUCCCAAAAAUCCUGCUGGAAAAACUGAAAAUCCUACUGGAAGAACUGAAAAUCCUGCUGAAAAACUCAAAAUCCUGCUGGAAAACCUCCCUGGGAUCCCAAAAAUCUGAAAAUCCUUCAGAACAGGAGAUGCACACCCGGCUCUGCUCCGGGAAAUCCAGGUUCUGACCCAAAAAAACACCCUGGGAUCCUGAAAAUCUGAAAAUCCUGCUGGGAUGUGGAAAAAACCAGCCUGGGAUAAUGAAAAUCCUGCUGGGAACCCCCCUGGAUUUCCUGGAAAACAGCAGAAAUUCCCAGGGAAAAGAGUGAAAAACAUCAGAACUCCCAGAGAAAACAGUGGGAUUUGGGGGAGAAAAGCAGGAUUUGACUGUAGAACAGCGGUGUUCCCAAGGAUCCAGGAGGAACCCAGCAGAAUUCCCAGGAAUUUCCAGGAAAAUCGUGACUUUUUACAGAGGGAAAACAGCAGAAUUCCAAGGGAAACCUGGACUGACUGAGAAUCGCCCUCACAGGCGCUAUUUAACUCCGACAGCGCUAAUUAACGACUAAUUCGUGCCUAAUUAACCCCGUAGGGACUCCUUUGUACGGACGUAUUUAUUACAAUUAACCCAUUUGGGCCGUUUUUAACCCGAUUUUUGCCCCGUUUGGUUGUGCCAGACCACGAGGCCAUUAAAAACCAGCGACUGUGCCGCGUGCUGUGCUGCGGGGCUCAUUGGGGGAAACAGCAAGGUGGGGUUUGUGUGGGGGGCGAAGCGGGAGAAGGGCAGCGAGGCACCCGCGCUCCCCCGGGCAGCGCCGCCACGCAAGGCCGAGGCUUCACUAGGCCGCGCUAGGCCGCGCGUUGCUAAGCAACGCGCCGCGCGCUCAGGCCACUUCCGGCUCUAAACCCGCGGUCGCUUAGCAACGCGUCGCGCUGCCGACGUCACUUCCCCCUUCUUCUUCCCCCCCCCCGGCGCCGCCAUCAUGGCGGCCGUGUCGGUGUUCCCGUCCCAAGGCGAGCUCGGCGCGGCCCUGGCGCGGCUGGUGGCGGAGGCGGCGGCCGAGGCGGUGGCGAGCGGCGGCCGCUUCACGCUGGGGCUGUCCGGGGGCUCGCUCCGCCAUCAUGGCGGCCGUCAAUUUCCCGUUAUUUUUCCCCGUUCCCAGGAGCAGCACUCCCUGGUGUGCCCCGUCCUGGACUCCCCCAAGCCGCCUCCCCAGCGGGUGACGAUGACGCUGCCGCUCCUCAACGCGGCCAAGUCCCUCCUGGUGGUGGCCACCGGCGCCUCCAAGGCCCCCGUGCUCAAGGUUUGGGCUCAAAUCCCGGGAUUUUGGGUCAAAUCCAAAAUUUAUGGGGUUAAAUCCCGGAUUUUUGGGGUU